AUGAAGAGGAGCAGUAUUGGAUAUAUCUUCAUCACAUGUCAUGUAGAGCUGGUGGCAAAGGAUGAAGAUACUGUGACAUCACAGCACAGCCUCAGUAUCCCCAUAGAUGGUGAGGAGGACUAGAUCCUAUCAAUUGCGCUGACAUUUUAACAUGACAAUCUUCUGUUUAUCUAUUACUGUAUUACAAGUUUGAUAAAUGAGUAUUGGACAUAUAUAAAUAUUUUGUUUAUUUCAGUUGUAAAUCCUCCUGGAACUACCAUUUCCUCCCCAGCUUUCAGUUCUAUCCCUCCUGGAGAGGAGAUGGCAGUCAGCAAUGUAACAACCGAAGGAGAAGGUGAGUAA